ACGCGCGUCGCCUCAUCGUUCCCCCCCCGCGCCCGCCCGCACUUAGGAGGCGGCGCCUGUCAGCGGGAGGGACAAGAGCGACAAGAUUGGCAGAUCGUCCUCUAUCUCGUCAAUGUUUAUAUGAAUCUUUCUGGCCAAAGCCGUCAAAGUGGAGAGGUUUGGGGGCAGCGGGAGCGGGAGCGGCCACCGGCGAGAGGGAGCGGCCACCGGCGAGAGGGAGCGGCCACCGGCGAGAGGGAGCGAGCGGGCGACGACGACGACGACGACGACCAGCGCUCGCGCUGUCUGCGCAGCCGCAGUGAAGCGGCGCCGCCCUGCGCAUGCUCGGUGGCUUCCCGCGCGGGCGGGCGCGGCGGUUGGUGCGCGGCCUACUCUGUCGGGCUUCGCCGACCAUGAGGGGCAGUGAAGCCGGCGGCCUAACGCGUCCGCUCCGGCUCGCCGCCCUCGCCAUCAUUCUCUCCGCCGUGCCAGGCAAAUCUGAUGAGUUCAUUAAAACCACAGACAAUAACAAUGAACUCUCUGGACAUCAAACCAUCACACAAAUUUAUGGCAACAGCAACAAACCAGUAAAGGUUUAUGUGAAGAUGUACACUGAUAGUCCAUCUCUUCUCUGUACAACUGAGGAACUGUCAGAAAAAGAAUUAGUAGAUCCAUAUUUCAUAUGGGUGGGUCCAACAGGAAGAAACAUUAAAGGGGAGACUUACGCAAGGAUAUCUGUAACAGGACGACUUAUACUGAAAUCCUUUGACAAGUCCAUGUCAGGAGAUUACACGUGUACAGUAUCCUACAAGGAUGUGGAUUUAAAUAAGGAAAUAUUUCUUGAUAUGAAAUUCUCAGUAUAUGGCUAUCGUGAACCAGACAAUUCGUAUACAUUUUCAACACGGUAUCACACCAAUGAAUGCCAUGAUCCCGCUAACAAUCACUUCUUUCGGAAGCUCAAGUCAGUGGAAAAGGAGCUAAUUGCGGACCUGACCAGUAGAAUAACUGAUGUAGAAAUGAAAUGCCAUGUUGUCAAAGUACCACGUAAAGGAUUAGUAACUGAACUCUUCAUUAUGUUUAAACUGGAUCCUUUUGGCUAUGGAUGGGAAGAAAUUUGCAAAAAACUCGUACAUGACUGCGAGGAUGAAACAAACAGAAGGGUAGAGAAGGCCCGAGGUCGUAUUGAGGCUUUCUUCAAGAAACAGAGUAUUGCACUGGACCUUAUGAAGGAUAACAUGCCUACAUUUUACUACAUUGAAAAUUCUCUGAAAACAACGCGAGUGGAUCAUUGUCGGCCAGGAUUUGGGAAAAACAAGUUAACCCAUUUAGAUUGUGCCGAGUGCUGUGUGGUUUGUGAUCACGGAAUGUACAGUCCCACCAAUGAUGUAUACUGUAAACCGUGCACCAGUGUCAAGAUUAAUUACUACGGAGCAACUGCCUGCUAAUCACAUCCGUCCUCUUUCAAUUUUAUAUUCAUCUCAACCACUGAUACUGCUCUCCAAACAAAAUUAAUUUCACCCAGUCAUAACAGUAAAAUUGUCUUACAAAGGUCUAUCUAUAUUCAAACGCUGCAUUUGUGGAUUCUAUUUGGGAGCAACUGCUGAAAGAUCUAGUUUUGUACAGAUUAACAACUGUUUUGUGCUUUCCUAAUUAGAUUGGCAUUAUCUCCAGUUGGUUAUCAGUAAACGCUGUCUUUACAUCCCCUCCGCUAAUGUUUAGCAUUAGUGUAACCAGGGGGUCUGUUAUCCAAUGUUCCAUAUAAUCAAAUACUGAGGUUAUUAAACCAUCCAUGAAGGAUUAGGAUGUAUGAAAACCAUCCUUAAAAAUAGGACACAUUUUUUAAUAAACUGAUUGUAUUCUGAAAAUAAUCCUUUCUAAAAUCAAAUGCCAAUUCUUUUACUUUGUACUUGUCGAUCCGUUGUGAAAUUAAGAUCUGCAGCAGAUGUCAGGGAUUGCACUAUCUUGCUAAAAUGGUGCAUGUAGAACUGUUUGUGGAGACAGGGAUUGUGGCAUUUAUUAGGUUCACUGAUGGACAAGGAACAAGCCACGACACCCUGUCAAAAACACUAACUUGCCAACCUUUGGUGCAGCGUGGACCUAUAUCAGUGAUUUAUUUAUCAUGAUUUGCCGUUUCUAAGUCAAUGUAAACACAGGCAAAGAGUUUGCAACAGAAUGUACCACCCAACAACUUUUAUUUAUAUUUUUACAAUAAAUGUCAGACAA